UUUGAAAAUUUGAAUCAUGUAAAAGCAAGAAUCAGUGUGGUGUAAAAAAGAUUAGAUUUUGAUGGGGUUUAGGCUUUGGAGAAGAGAACAAAAUUAGACAGAAAGUGCACGUCAGAGUUAGCCGUAGGAGAUGUGUAUUUUUUUGAGGUGAUCCUUUCUUUCUCAUCCACACCAUCUCUGUGUUUUCUCUCUCAUAAAAACACACACAAAAAGAGAGUUUGUAGAAGAAGAAGAAGACCCUCUCUCUCUCUCUCUUCUUUUGUUCUUACAUGCAUGCCUAUAAUUGGAUUUUCUUGAUUUUAGCAAGAAAUCAAAAGCAAGAAAAACCCCAUUGCCAAACCUUCAACCAAAAAGUUGUCUGGUGGGGUGAAGCCAAACAUGAAGAAGAAGGCAGUUUUGAAGCUUUGUGAGAGAGAGAGUUUCAAUCUUUCAUUCAAGAACCCCAAAAAAGAGGCUUAAAAACACUCAGUUUGUCCAAAUUUUUUUCACCUACUUUAAUUUAGCCUUUCUAAAAUAGGUCAGUGUAUUUUUUUUGUCUCCAGAUCUAAAAAAUUCCUGUCUUAUUCCCAACAACAACAACUUAGUUAAAGAUCUAUGUCCUCGUCCCACUUCCCAUGAUGCAAGAUUAAUUUUUUUCCCUCUCUCUCAUCACCAAAAAAUUCAAGUUGCCACAGCUGAAAACAAACCAUGAUUAAAAUCUCAGCCAUCCAAGAAGAGAACAUCUCCAACCUCACCACCGCCUCCACCGACGCCAGCGCCUCCUCCACCGGCGGCGAAAUGUACCCUCCGCCGUAUUUCCCAGCACAAACCACCCCACCUCCGCCGCCAAAGAAAAAGAGAAGCCAGCCAGGCCAUCCAGACCCUGAUUCAGAAGUGAUAUCUCUCUCUCCGAGAACUCUCAUGGCGACGAACAGAUUCGUGUGUGAAAUCUGCAGCAAAGGGUUUCAGAGGGACCAGAAUCUGCAGCUGCAUCGAAGAGGGCACAAUCUGCCAUGGAAGCUGAAGCAGAGAAGCAGCAAGGAUGUGAUGAGGAAAAAGGUCUAUGUCUGCCCCGAGGCAAGCUGCGUCCACCACGAUCCAUCGAGGGCUUUGGGAGAUCUCACAGGAAUCAAGAAACACUUUUUCAGAAAGCAUGGUGAGAAGAAAUGGAAAUGUGAGAAGUGCUCAAAGAAGUAUGCUGUUCAAUCAGACUGGAAAGCUCACUCCAAAACAUGUGGCACUAGGGAAUACAGAUGUGACUGUGGCACCCUUUUUUCAAGGAGAGACAGCUUCAUCACACACAGAGCCUUCUGUGAUGCUCUAGCAGAAGAAAGUGCCAAAUCCAUCACCACCACAAUCAUCCCAUCCCUCCAAAAUGCUCCAAACUCACUCUCCCACCACAUAAACCUCCAACAGAUCCAAUCCCAACUCCCAUUCCCAAUCAAGAAAGAGCACCAAGCCUUCACCCUAAGGCCACCUUGGCUACCACCCCAAUUCCAAGAUUUUCAAGAAAACCCCCAAACUCACCAUAACCCAAACCCUAACCCUAACCCUAACACCAGCAUGGGCCCCACCCCCUUCCACCACCACCACCUUCCAACUCCACACAUCUCAGCCACUGCAUUGUUGCAGAAAGCAACAGAGAUGGGCUCCAAAAGCAGCGGGGCCCACCACGCUGCUGGGGAAACCCCAACAACAGCUGGUUUCGGCCUAAAGCUGGCCUCACGUGACCACCACCAGUUCAUCAAUGGCAUGGCUCCAUUCAGCAAUAAUAAAGCUGCUUCUCCUCCAAAUUCCCAUUCCAUGCUCCACGAUAUGAUGAUGAUCAGCGCCUCCGGAUUCGACCAUCAAGAAUCAGCCUUUGAAGACGAAGAUCUGUCAUUUGCUGGGAUCUUGAACAAUAACGCCUCGUCAUCCUCUUCGUCGAAGAGGGUCGACGAAAGUUUGGAUUUUGAUGCGACCCUCAAUCAGUUUGGAGCCUCUAACGGCGGAAACCACGACGAUGGGAUGACGAGGGAUUUUCUAGGGCUGAGGCCCUUGUCUCAGAGCGACAUUCUAAGCUUUGCAGGUUUGAGUAAUUGCAUCACUACUACUUCUUGUGUGGAGCAUCAAACCCAAACUCAAAGAUCUUGGCAAGGUUAGAGCUUAGGUGUAGGGGGUGAGAUAAAAUUAGAGUCUUGAAUAUUGUUCAAUGUAUGUAUGGUUUCUUUAGUUUAUUACUCUCCAAAUAAAAAAGGUAAAUCCUAAAUGAUAUUAUGUCUCAAGACUCACAACUACUUUUGAUCAAUUAAUAUAUAUACUAUUGCAAAAGCAUUAAUUGAAGUGAA